GUGAGUCAUUAAGCCUCGUCUAGAGCUGUCGAAUGCCCGCGUUCGAUCCAGUUGACUAGAUUGAUCCAAAUUGAAGAACGAAAGUUGUUUCGUGAACGGAAAAUUUUAAGUGAUUGAUUGUAUUUGUUAUUCAGUGAAGAAAAAUCUGGAUUUUUGGUGUUUAUUUCACGUUUUCGGGUGUCUAGUAGUUUAGUGUGCUAUAUUUGUCGUUAACCUAAACAAAGUUCGCCUAAAUCUAAAUAUUUCCAUAGUAAAAAACGCGAGAAACCAUAAAGCAAUAACGUGCGGCCUAUUUCGUAUCACGCUUCCUUACACACACCGUUAAAAUAAACUUUAGCAAACUUUGAAAAAGUUGUGCAACAACCAAAGAGUUCGACGAUCUAGAAACAUUUUCUCCGCAAAGAGUAUUGGACCUCAUUUCGCGUAGCAUGGAGGUGAUGGAGGAUAUUGAGGAGUUGGCAGUCCAGCUGUUUGACGCGGGGGCGGUGAGGCUCGGAGACAUAGAGGCCAAGGUGGGCAGGCGGACUCCCAUCUACUUCGACCUGCGAGUUGUCAUAUCCAGCCCUAAAGUUAUGGUGUCAGUCGCUCAACACCUUCAGCGUUUGUCAUCUGAAACCGAACACGAGGUGCUGUGCGGCGUGCCCUACGCCGCCCUGCCGUUCACCGUCGUCAUGUCAGUCAACACCGGCACGCCCAUGAUUAUGAAGAGAAAAGAAACUAAACUCUACGGAACCAGAAAAAUCCUUGAAGGGAUCUACAAACAAAAUGACACAUGCCUCAUAGUGGAGGACGUAGUGACAUCUGGCGGCAGCUUACUAGAAACAGCUCGGACACUACGUGACGAAGGAUUAGUUGUCAAAAACGCCGUCGUAGUUCUCGACCGUGAGCAAGGUGGCGCUAGUAUACUCAAAGCAAAUGGAGUUGAACUAAAAUCGAUUUUUACCAUGACCGAGUUGGUGAAAAUUCUGCGAAAAGCCGGCAGGAUCAGCGACGAAACGGCGGAAAUUGUGUCUGAUCAUAUAAAAGAAUGUCAGUUUAGUAUGGACUCAUGAUGUUAUGUUAUAUCUUGAAAAUUUCAACCUAGGUAAUGUUUGAUUUUAUGUAGGAAAGGUAACAUAAGACCUAAAUUAUAUGUAACUAGGUAUAUGAAGUACCAAGUUUCUCCGGUGGAUGUAGUUAUAAAGCAUGGGUCCUUGUGGAGUCCCACCUACAUGGUAUCAGUCUCAUGAUCUAUCUAAAUGACCACUUUUCCCCCAAUGGCAAAAGUUCCUCCUACCUCUACUCUUUCCAUUCCAUGUCUUCUCAUUUAGUUUUCCUUCCGUCCUCAAGAUAUUACAAGUCUUUUAUCUGUACAGCAACAGUA